UUUCGCGAAGCUUUACUUCAUGAAAAACAUGGUCUCAGGAUCAAUAUCAUUCGUAUAACUGAGGGUUUUGAGUAUGUCGCGCUCCGUCCUGACGAAGUCGAUUUAGAGUCAUUCCUUUUGGAUAUUUUUAGUGCUUGUAGUACUAAAAGUGGACAUAGUGCUCUUGUUCUCGAUAAGGAAACCCUGCAAGGUAUCGUUACUACUAUGGACUCAGAAUGGGAUAAAAUUUGUCUUAGAGUUAUAUUGCGAUCCAUAUUCUCUAGAGAAGAAAUGACAGCCCUAGGCUUUGAUCCUGACAAUCUUCCGUCUAUGAUGGAGAGAGUUAAAUUCGUUGUUGAAGAGGUAAAAAAUGCUAAUGAGGCAGCAGCCGACCUCGUUAGGUUGCGCUUAAAUUCCAAGAAGGAAAAGCUGGAAAAGGAGACGAAAGAGAAGGAACACCUUAUUCAAAAGAAAACAAAUAUUUGGUCAUCCAAAACGUUAGAAGAAAUCCAAAGCGAAGUACAAAAACUCAAGGAAAAAGUUGAAGACACGGAGGGGCUUCUUCACAGCCAGCCCACCGAAAGCAAUUAUCAGAGAAAACGCCAAAUGUUCAAGCGCCAAGCUUCAAGCCUUAUCGAAUCUAAUCGACUGAAGAGGCGAAAGUUGUCAAACCAAGGUCCGAAGCCAAAGCUAGAUGAGGAAGAUGAAGACUUCAUUGCAAAGGCAAUUGAGGAUAAAUCAUCCUAUCAUGGUAGACGGCAUGAUACGGUCCUCUAUACCGGCCAGAGGGUGAAGAGGAAAAACCUUCUUUCAAUUGCCAACUACCGACUAGCUCAACGUGGGAAGAAAUUAAUUCAAUCCGCUACAACAGUAUACAACAGGGCGAGACCGAGAAACAAAAGAAGUCUCCAAGCGAAGCGCCAUUAUGGCAAAGGGCUAUUCUGUUGGAAAAAGCCACCAAAAGGCGAAGAAAACACAAACGAAAACACUCACUACCAACGAGCACACGUAACAAACAUAAAAAGACGAUUCUGGGGUGCGAGAAAUUCCAGCGCGAGAAAGUUUUGUUUCAUGAGAAGCACCGAUGACAAGGCUUUCCUUAGACCAGGUACAUCUGAAGGUUUUGACAAAGCCAGAAAUCUUAGAUCUUAACAUUAUCAGAUCACACUAAAGCAAGGAAGUUGCCAAAGUACGACUGGCCUGAGAAAAUGGUAUAUGUGACCCCGGGUUCUCACCGUGUUUUUACGAAGUCAAGUGUAAUGAAUGAAACUGAAGAGAAGCUGAUAACUGAGAACGAUCGCCACUACGUAUUUGUCCGGCCCAAAGCAAUAGUGGGAUCGUCAGGCACUGUAUGGGCCAGCGAAACAGUUUGUUUGCGACAUGAGGAUCCAUCAGCUUUUGAGGUUGACGAACCGACACCUGGCAGUCCACAGUACUCACUGGGAUUUCGUAAAUGCUGCGCGCGACUACACGAUGACCUCUUUCUUUAUUAUGGUAUGACAGAGUCAGAUGACCUAGACAAAAUAUCCGGAGAAACAGGAAGUAACUGUAAAUUCUUCACUUACGAAAAAGAGAGAGCAGAGCACUUGAAAUUAAGGAUUGACAAUUUGUUGCAGUUUUGCGAAGACACAGAAAUGUCAGAGCACAAUAGGGCUCUGUUUGCUAGUCAGAUAAUACCAGUCACGAAACGCAUUUUAGAUGCCAUUGAUGAUCUGUUUAAAGAGGAAGUCGAUUCAAUGGAAAAAGAUGCGAGAAAGGACAGGAUUUUAAGGGUAACCAGUUCAUGUAAACAUGGUCUAGAAGUUCUCGGAGAUCUCUGCCUUCCACCUGUAAAGCCACGAUGGUCUGACCUUACAGAUGCUGGUCCGGCCGUAGGAGUUUCCAACUACGAAGUUAGAUUUCGAGACGCCGAGUUAGCAAGGGUUCACAAUUCCGAUUAUAGAGUGCGAUGUCAUCGUUCGAGGGGCGACAGCGGGCAAGGUGAAGCCGAAAGGACAAACUCGGCAAUUUCUGAUGCUCUUGUGGAUGGCGCAACUCUAGAGUGGGAAAAAUAUAGGAGGUUUGAGGAUCUUUCAGAAGAGGAAAUCAAACAACUGUCUCUCCAGUCAUACGAAGACUACGAAAAGAAACGGAUGGAGAAAAAUGCCUGGUAUGUCUGUAGUCAGGUAGCCGAGAGAAUUGAUGAUGCCCCUGUCCUUAAAGAUUACAUCAAGAGCAAAGUAAGCGAGUCCCCUGAUGAAUUAUUCUUUUUCAAUUCUGUUUACCUCGACAACUAUCGGGGUGCAUCAGAACGAAACAAAGAGCAAGUGCCCGGUGGAGCAUACUUCCGAAAGAUCGAAUCGUUUAUGGAAGACCACUAUAUUCGUGGAGAACUUUUUAUGGAAUUCUGUCGUGAUGCCUGUAAAGAGUCAAGAGAAGAAAGUUCCAAUCUCCGUUCCUGGUGUUCUAACAAUAGAUGGGUCGGUCCAGAAACGGAAAGAAUUCCGCAACCUGUACCAGACUCAAACAAUCCUGGACAUUUCAUGGAUAUCUAUCAGACGGAAUCGACGGGCAGGACACCAGAUGAUUACCUUCCAAGAAAAUGUAUUAAAUAUCUGUACGAGGAACAUUCUGACAGUAUCAGAAACGAUCAGGAUACCAUGAAGAGCUUCUGCUCAAAAUAUAAUGUGGAAGAGAAGCACGUCAUUGCAUAUGUUAAUCAUUUGAAGGAUAUUGAGAUCCAAAAGGACAUGAGAACAAGAGCAGCUGAGGAGCAAAGAAGGCAAGAGGCCGAACGAACGUACAAGGACUUUCAAUGGGAUAACCUCGUCGAGGGUGGCAAAGUUGAAAAGUUGCGG